AUGAAGAACUACGGGGGCACUAGAAUCUUCCAGUUCGUGGGGAAAGCAGAGAAGGUGGUCAAGGCUGCUAUCGUGCUGUUUGAUACAAACACUGAUGCAACACUUUGUCCAGACCUCACCACACCAAACAUCGUCGUGGUAAAAGCGAAAACCCACGAACAGGACGUGCACCUAGUAUCAUUUUACUUCGAGCCCACACCCACGCCCAUUGAACCUUACCUAAACGAGCUUCGGAGAAUCUGGAAGUCGUCAUCCUCCCGGGGGGGGUGGUUUUGGGUAACCCCCAAGAAAAGGACCCUCUUCCCCUUUUUGGGCCCUAAAAGGGCCCCCCCCCCCAGGGAAACCCCCCCCCUUCAUCAACCGCGGGGGACCCUCGAGGGGCCCCCCCCCCUUCUUUUUGGGGGCCCCCUGGAAGGAGGGGGGGGGGGGGCGGGGCCCCGGGGCUUUUUUUUUUUUUUGGUUGGGUGGAGGGGGGGGUGGGGGCCCGGCCCCCUUUCCCCCCCCAAAAAUCCCCCGAAACACCCCCCCGGUAGGAUGGGGGGGGGGGGGGGGGAGCUGGAAGUCGGUUGGCCCAAACGUCAUCUUUGCAGGCGACGCUAA